AUGUCGACUGUGCCAUCAGCGGACCCGGCGUUCGACGCCUUCAAUAUCUUUGAAGAAACAUACAAGACCGUCAGCUCCCACGAUAUCAAAGCUGCAGUCCUCAUCCCCAAGAGACUGCAGUCUGGCCGACACCCAGUGAUAAUCAACAUCCACGGCGGCUUCUUCGCGACAGGCCAUUCACUCUUCGCACCAUGGUUCCAUCCCUGGCUCAUCAAGAUGGCGCUAGAGCAAGGUGCCAUCCUAAUCUCAGCAGACUACAGGCUACUACCCACCCCGAAUGGAAUUGCAGACCAGCUUGAAGAUCUCGAAGAUUUCUGGCAGUGGACGAAGGCGGAACUUCCUUCUAUUCUUCAAGAUGGCGUGCCCGACCAAGCCCUUGAUUUCGAGCAUUUGCUACUCGUGGGUGGCUCAGCUGGCGGGUAUUGUGUGUCCCAAGUGGCCUUGUCCCAUCCAGAUGAGAUAUCGGCGCUUGCGAUGGCGUAUCCUUGUGUUGAUCUCAAAGACAGCAUCCUCUCGGAAGGACCUCCGCCAGGCAAACCGACGGUAUUGCGCUUUCCUCUGGAAGACAUCCCCUCGAAAGAAGAGGGCCUGAAGUGGAUCAAGGAGAAGCGCGGUACCGUUGCAAGCAAAGGCGAGCUGGAGAUCACACCUUACUGCGUCUCGUUGUCCCAGAACGGGCUCUUUUUUUCUGAAGUCCUCGAGCACAAUGGCGUGCGCCUGACUACCAACGAGUUGCCCCUCGAGCGGCUGGAAGCUGGUGCAAGACUGCCGAAGAAUGUAUGGAUCUUCCACGGAGAUAAUGACUCGGUCGUCUAUCUGCACCAGUCCGAGAAAUUUGUCGAUCUUGCUCGAACCAAGCUCCCAGAGAUAAACCUGCGCUUUGAUGUGGCCGAAGGCAAAGACCAUGCGUUUGAUAUGGAUGCCUCAGUGUGGGGCUCGUAUCCAGCCAGCAAGGAUGCAAUUGCAUUCUUGACAAAAGCGUGGCUGGAAUGA